AUGCGUUCGCUGGUUUUCUGCUGUACGCUUCUAACGAUAUCCACCCUACACUUCACAACAGCAUCGUAUUACGAGCGAAAACUCUACGAAGAUCUAAUGCGCGAUUACAACAAUUUGGAACGUCCAGUAGCAAACCAUUCGAAGCCGGUCACCGUUUAUCUCAAGGUGUCCCUUCAACAGAUAAUAGAUGUGGACGAGAAGAACCAAGUCGUCUAUGUGAAUGCUUGGUUGGAUUAUGUGAGUUUCACCAAUCCAUGCAAAGUUUCAGUAUCCUAA